AUGGACGUGGCUGAUGCAGAACUCCUCAACUGCUCAGACGCGGGUCACAAUGAAGAUGUGGAUGCGUUAGGACUCUGGUUCGAGAUGACAGGCUCUGAUAUAGAUAUCGAACCGGACAAGAAUACGUCAGUACUUGCACCUCUGUCGAUUGACACGCUAUCCGAGGCCAUAGCACCUGGACCGUUUACAGAGCAAUUUGAAACACUCCCUGAUCUUGGAGGUGCCAAGAUACCCGGUGCCAGGAACGAGCAGAGUAGCAAUCGACGGUCGAACGAGAGCUCCGCAGGCCAUAUUGUGUCAGCCAGCGGUCUACCAGAUACUAUCAGGGACUCGCAGCGGAUUGAAAACGACGCAACCGAGCAGCUAAUCAGUCGCUUCGGCCGGUUACGCAUCGCCGAGGACGGUCUCCGAAGAUACUAUGGGGCGACCAGCAACCUUCACCUCACACAAAAUCCCUUGGUCUACUGUUUUCAGCCAAACAUACGCACGAUAGCUUCUCACGGCGAGACCGACCUUGCGCGGGCAGGAUUGCAGUGGAAAAGCGACCCUACAUACGAAGAGCAUCUCACCAAGCUGUUCUUUGCGUGGCAUAACUCACUGCUCAACAUCGUCAAUGAGACCAUGUACUACCACCACCGAGCACUGUACCGGGCGGGUGUGCCGACAGCAUACUUCUCCCCCACGUUAGAAAACGCCGUUCUGGCCGUGGGCGCCUCCUACUCCAGCCAAAGACUUCCCGGUGUCGACGACCCACCAGAGUUCUUCGCAUACAGGGCAAAGACACUGCUCGAAAUUGAGAUGGACAGUCCAUGCAUGGCUACUGUACAAGCCUUGGGCACUUUAUCGGCCCACGAGGCGGCAUACGCACGGGACUCUCGCGGCUGGCUGUAUUUAGGAAUGGCGGUCCAACUCCUGUCGGACCUGGGACUGCAUCUCGAUCUAGACGCUACUUUCGAUUCGAAAAAGGAGUCGGAAGAGCACACCAACCUGCGUCGGACUAUAUUCUGGUCGACACAGGCUCUCGAUACCUUGUGGAGUGUCUAUAGCGGCCGGCCAUGUUCGAUGCGCUACGAGGAUGUUUCUGUCCCAGUUCCCCAGCCGGUCACCACAACGCCCUGGAAGCCUUAUAUGGACCACAACGGUGUCUUGAAUAUUGACAAAAGCCUAGACCCGUCCGCCGUGGGCGAGACACAUCUAUAUCUCGUACAGCUAUGCAGCAAGAUCCGGAAGAUGUACUCGGGCUUGCACACUACGCUUACAGACACAACCUUAUUCUUCGUGGACAACAUGACGCGGGAACUUCAAAGUUGGCACCAAAGCCUGCCAGAGAAACUGAAGAUCGACCCGUCGUUUGACAAAAAUAAGCCCACAUUGCCAGCUGUCUUGGUGCUUCAUAUGCAAUUCCACGAAGUCAUGAUAAUGCUUCGCCGGCCGUUCAUCUCGCCGUCAGUCCCAAACACGUCGCACGACGGCAUGCUCAAAGACAGCGCCGAGAUCUGCGAAGCUUCGGCCACGGCCAUCUGUCGACUGCUGGUCAUGUACCGCCACCAGUGGGGGAUGCGAUUCAUGCAUCCGCAGAUCGUCUCCAUCAUCCUGACCGCCGCCAUGAUCCACGUCCACAACUGCUGCAUCUACUCGAGAGACAAGGGCAUGCAGGCCCACGAAAACAUCUCUCUCUGCUACAGCGCCCUCGGGGAGAUGUCGUACUUCAACAUCGCGACUCGCUCGCUCGAGACGAUCAUGUCCCUGAGGCGUGAUUGGCAGAGUCGGACGUUCACGGGUAUCGGCAAGAAGCGGCCUGGCCAUGAUAUACGCUGCGGAGGUUGA